CUCUCAAAGGGUAAAAUCUGAAAGGCUGCUGAGAUGUUCCUGUGCUGUUGGUUGGGUCUGGUGGCUCUCAUCCCCACAACCUUAAGCACGAAUCCUGGAGUAAAGGUCAGGUUGACAGAAAAGGGCAUUGAAUAUGGCAGGCAACUGGGCAUGGCUGUCAUCCAGCAGAAACUCAGAUCAAUCAAAAUUCCAGACUUUUCUGGGACAGAGAAGGUGUCUCCGAUUGGAAAGGUUCAGUAUAGUUUGUCAAAUAUGCACAUAGUUAAUGUGGGCUUACCAAAGUCUUCAGUGGAUCUGGUGCCAGGGACUGGAGUCACACUGUCUAUAGGUGAUGCCUUCAUCAGUCUGAAUGGAAACUGGAGGGUCAAGUACCUGCGAAUAAUAAAGGACAGCGGGUCUUUUGAUUUGGAUGUGAAUGGUCUCAGUAUCGCUACGACCAUCUCCAUCAAGAGUGACGAGACAGGCCGACCAGCAGUCAGCAGUGACAGCUGCUCAGCCACUGUUGGAAGUGCAAAGGUCAAGUUUCUUACCGAAUUGUAUGACACGACUUCCCAUUAA